UGACAUGGCGUGAUAACUUUUUACUGAAAGUCCCAAAGAAAGUGGAACUGUCUGGCAGUAUAUCAUCUGACUAUACAAGACACAAAUAAUACAAUUACUCUGAAGAACUGCAAACAGCACACAUAGUGCGCACCCAAGAGCGACAGCAACCCCCUUUACAAGACCUCAACAGGUAAACAAUGGCCCUUGACAUCGACUACAACGACAGUUUCUACUAUCAAUAUAUGGAUGAUUAUGAGAACGCCGUAGUCUUCUCAGAGACAAGGUCAACUAUUCAUCUUUUCUACCCUGUGUGCUGGAUUCUCAUUCUCUGCAUUGGCAUACCUGGGAACUGCUUCCUCCUGUGGGUUCUUCUGAGGGAACGAGCUUGGAGGACCGCAUCCGACAUCUUACUUCUACAACUCCCAAUUUCUAACCUUUGCUUCACUGUGCGCCUGCCUUUUGAGGCCUACCUAAGCUUACACCAUGGCGGUAGCGUUGGGAACUGGGGCUGUGUAGUCAUGACGGUGGCCUUUUUCUUGGGGUUGAACAGCUGCGUGUUGAUCCUCACCACCAUGACAUUGUAUCGCUAUGCUGCUGUGGUCCAUGGUUCGUAUCUGUCUGCACAGUCACCCAAAAAAUCAAGUGUUGUCAUGAGUUGCAUGAUAUGGCUGGGAUGUGCUGCUAUAAACAUUAGGACAAUAGUCAGUCGUAUGGUCAGAGAAGACAGAUUUGGUGAUUUUUUUUGUUUACAUGCUCCACCAUCACAUAGUAUGCUGUUAUAUUAUGACAUUGUGCAGAUUGUCUCUUUCUUCAUCAUACCAUUCAUUGUCAUUUCAUGUUGCUAUAUCCACAUGUGGAUCACACAGUGCAGGACAAACAGACAGCACCAGUCCUCAGGAUUGAUUUCAGGGAUGAUUGUCAUAAUUUUCAUUUGUUUGGCACCAUACAAUAUCAGAAAAUUUACCGUGGUCUUGAUGAUGUUUGGUGUUCUGAAAAUUGCAGAUGAAUGGAGAGAGGAAUUGCACCAUGCAGAGUUAAUAGUUUUCACACUUCUUUUCCUACACUGCUGCUUGAACCCACUGUUCUACAUAUUUGGAGCGCAAAGGUUUAGGAAGCAUCUCCGCAUGCCAUAUAACACUUCAUCCCAGAGAGGAGAUCGGGGUCAGAACCUCAGUUCAAUGGCAGUCAUCCCUCCACACGACACCUCUGUGUGACCACCAUCCAUUUACACUUGUCUGAAUGCAUUUUAAGAUGAGAACAUUUUAGUUUACCAUAUUAGCUUUAACCUUAUGUUACAGACCAAAUCACAAUGUUUAUAUCUAAUAACUUCUGGAUAGACAACCACCACGUUAUAUACGUAUAAUCAUACGACAAUGAGCAAACUCUGGAUCAACUGAUUGACUUUAAGACAACAUCAGCAUCAAAUCAACAUCAGUUCAAGUGGAUGCUAUAUUUAGAAUAUUUUCGCGGCUUUACCUUGCCAAAAGACAGCCCUUACCGAUAGGGAUUUGGAGUCGUUAUAUCAAAAACACCAGCACCCACUGAGAAAAAGUUAUUUUACUCCACAAUACAGUGGGGUCUGUAUCAAUCCUUGUGCUGCCAAGGUGUACAGAUUUAUGUUGUUUAUCAUGACCAGUUUGUCCUAAUGCAUCACUUGACCACCAUAGCAGGCACAGAUUAUAUAGCAUGAUCCACACAAGAUUGAGUCUCUGUCCAAAAAAUUUAACCUGGCGUGACGUCAACUAGGGAUGUACGAUAUUGGAUAUUUUGCCAAUAUCCAAUAUGCCGAUGUAUUUCAUUUCAUUUCAUUUAUUUUAUUUUUAAAGACAGCACACAUUAUUCAACAUUUCUGUAAAUGUGCCAGUGUUAGCCAUUUGGCUAAUUUUCAACUGCAGUCCUUUGGCAAGAUGUUUUAAAACCUGCGAAUGAAAACAACUCAAUUGGCCGAUAACCAAGAGGGUCCAAGGACAGAGAGAUGUGGUAUGUUGUAAAGCCCUCUUAGGCUAAUUAUGAUUUGCGUUAUUGGAUUGUAUAGAUCAAACUGAAAUUGAAACCAAAUUGAAAUUACUAUUUGUUCAGCCCUUUGGGGCAUGCUUUGUUAUUGGGCUACAAUGAACAUUGACUUAAUUAUUCUGUAAAGCACUUAGAGUUGCCUUUGGGCAUGAAAUGUGCCACAUAAAUAAAUUUGCCAUGCCUUUGCCUUAUAUAGCAUUAUAUGGUAUGUGGUAUUACAAAAGAGAUAUCCGUAAAACUGUUGACAGGACAUCUCAAACUGCAAGGUUAAUAAUGACUGUGUCUAUGAUGAAACUUUGAUUCAUGAAGGUUUAAUAUUUGUAAAAACUCAUGCCAAUAAAAACAAUAUAAAAAGUAA